AUGCAAACGAACGAAACAUAUGCAGACAGGAUCGACGAGGACUAUGAGGAAGAUGAUGAAGAGCAAGCCGACACUCAAGACGACGAAAUUAUCUUGGUCGACGAUGACGACGAUGAGGCGGACGAAGAUAUGGACUUGGACGACGAAGAAAUUGUUCGAUCGCCUUCUCCACCGCCGUCUAAUUUAGAACAAGCACAUCAGGAACCCAACGAUCGAGCGACGGUACACGUGCAUGGCCCCAUUCAAACGGUGAACCUGACGAGUUUCCUGGAAUCACCCAUUGUCGCCGCUCCAAGCAUCCGGCCACCGCAGCGCUACUCUGUUGGGAGUUAUGACAACACCAAUGGAUCAUCUGGUCGCCGGCGGUUCAGUCUACCUCGUGCGAACUUUCCGUCAACACUGGACAACUCCCGAAGGAGCAGCAUCAUGUCGACGGGGAGCUCGGUGGACUACACUCGGCAAUCCCCCACCCGGCGCUUCAGUUUUUCGAGUCCAAGUACCAUCCACACCCAAAGCACUACUGCAAAUCCAGGAGAUGUUCAGAGCUCUUCCGACGAAGGUGCCGCCACCUCGUCGGACGCGAACCCAUUGACGUGGGACUUUCGGAGAUUGCGAUAG